UGGGAGCGGCAAAUGUAGUUUUGUGUGCAUCAUCUGUCCUGUGAUGAGCUGUAUGUGGAUUAAACACAAAUACCUCCAGCAUCAAACAGUCUCUUUACAUCUGAUUGAAAAGAUGGGGGAGAGGAUCAUUAAGGGUCAUAUAAACAUUAACCCCAUCCCACAUGAACUGUUGAACAACCAAAAGACUGCAGAGCCGGACAAACAGCUUCUCUUCAUUAUUCAGACUUUAGAGGAGAUUGCUGGUCUCUUUGAGGAUGCUGAAUCUGCACCCUGGGAUCAUAAAAUAAUAGAUGAUUUCUUAAAUAUCAUAAAUGAGCAGAUUAAUGGACUAAGAUCAUGUGGCACUUUUAAAAUGAAGAGGAACAAAAAGUUGCAUCUGUAUUUUAUAAGACUGAGACAAAUGACUGAAGUGAAGACGGAUGAUUCAGAUAAAAGCUGGGAGAUCAUCCGAAGGAGAGUUAUAAGCCUCAUGAAACAGCUGGAGUUUUUCUCAUUACACACACUUUAAGGAAACAAUCACAUUACACACACUUUAAGGAAACAAUCAAUUAAUCAAAAAACAAUAAUUUCAGUGCUUUUACUUUUCUCUUUAUUAUGAUGCAGUAGUUUGUUUAAUAGAAACAUUUCAUCAAAAAUACUUUCAUGCAUUGUUUACUGUUAUUUAUUGUUACUCAUUGCUGUUUAUUGUCUUAUUUGUUUUAAGUUUUAUUCAUAUUAAUAAUUUGUUAAUAAUUAACAUUUCAAAUCAUUUAAACUUUGUAUUAUGCAAAUUAUUUAUUUGUAUUCAUUAAUUAAUUUGUGCAAUAAUAUGUAUUCAUGUUAUUUAUGUCUAUUUAUUUAAAUUUUUUUAUUUAUUUUAGCUUUGUUGUAAAAAUGUACUAAAAAUAUUUUGUCAUAUAUUAGUAAUGUUUUGAAAAAUGCUGGCAUUUAAUAAACAUUUGAAUUGUCUUAAUGUCUUCUGUGGAGAUUUCUUUAGGAAGUUUAAAGAGGUUAUUAUGA